UCUGUCUGGCACAGAUGUGUGUUGAUGUGCUUCCAGCUGUUUGUGGGGACUCAUGAUGUCUGGACCUAUGGUCUGGACUGGAGGAUCCUCCCUGCAGCCUGUGAGAUCAUCACACUUUUAAUUAGACCGGAUCUGCCAAUUAAAGGGAAGUCAGCCGUGCUCCCUCAGCCUUUUAAAAGCCAGCCAGCGUCUAAACCUCAGCAGCAGACAGACAGGAGCUCAAACAAGUUUCAGAUAUACAUGAGGAUGUCUUCUCCUGUACUUUGUGCUGUUAUUUUGCUGGCUUGUGCCUUGUCCUUUAGUGCUGCUCAGACAAGCUGCAAAGGACGAUGUGGUGCUGAGUACUACAGGGGUUACAUGUGCCAGUGUGAUUAUACCUGCCUGUCUUAUGGAGAAUGCUGCAAAGACUAUGAAUCUCAGUGCACCACAAAAAACUCCUGUAAAGGUCGAUGUGGAGAAUCCUUCAAGAGAGGCCAGCUGUGCAGCUGCGACUCUGAUUGCAUAAAGUACAAGCAGUGUUGUCAGGAUUACACAAGCCACUGCGAUGCAGAGGUAAUUACUACAGAAGAAAUGAGUGGAGCAGCCAGUGCAACAGCACCAGUGAAGACUAGUUCAUGUGAUAAUGUAAAAGAUAACAAACCCAAAGAGUCGCCACUGAAUGUGGAGGAGACGUUCAGCGAGGGAAACAAUGCAGAUGACCAUUUAAGCCCACUGGACAACCCAACAUCAUAUCCACCUGAUGAUCCCAUUGAUGAUACGAACAGCCAGAUUGUUCCAGUUGAUGACCUGUCCAACAACGGACUAGAGGAUCCGGGGGCAAGUCCAAUCCCUGAGGGCACCAGUGGUUAUGGAUCACCUACAGUUGACCUGCUGGUUCAAGGUUCUUCUGAACCCACCCAGGAGCCAGACACUCUGGAGCUCAGUACAGACACAGUUACAGUCUUUUCUCAGACAGAGGCGACUCCCUCAGACAAUGAACCCACGCAGGCUGAUGACAGCCCCUCCACCCUUUACAUGACUAGUGGAGUAGCCCCCACUGAGAGCACAGAUGCCAGUGAUUCUGUCGACUCAACUAACGAAGGAACAACUCUCCCUCAGCCCACAACAGCAGCUGACGAUGACUCCAGCCCGACUGCCCCGACCUCAGCACCCCAAACAGGGCUUUCUCCUGCAGCCAGCACCCCAGAGCUGGAGAAAGAAGGGCAGGCAACAGAACAACACAAGGAUGACAUAUUUCCCGAGACACAGAACACAGACCCAACCGACGCCUCCUCUGAUAAUCCAGAAGUUACGACCCUACCCUCCAACACAGAUGAAUCUACAGGACUCACACAGGACUACACAGUCCUGGCAAUGUCUCAGGACACCACAACCACUGCCUCAUCAAUGCUGGACCUGACACCCAUCCCAGACGCAACCGCCUCAAACUCUGGACCAGAUGGUACUGUGAGCAACUCAGAGGAUCCCACAGCAGGCCCUCUCUCUGUUCUGGCUGACGCUACAGAUGAUGCUACACCACAAGCGACGACUGCCAAUCCAAUGGAAGUCACCUCAGACCCGAGCAAACACCAACCAUCUGAACCCACUUCAAAACCCCAGGACAAACCUGACCAGUACAAGCCACCGCCGACUAAACCAACUCUGGUUAAACCGAUCUCCAAACCCGAGACUAAGCCUCUGGACACUGCACAGACUCUGAACAUUGACAAUCCAAGGGACUACCAAGCAGAUGACAGUAACGAUACAAACCUGUGCAGUGGACGGCCAGUCAGCGCAGUCACCACACUCAGGAACGGGACAAUUGUGGUUUUCAGAGGGCACUACUUCUGGGUCCUGGACAGAAAUAGGAUGCCAGGUCCAGCUCAAGGCAUCACACAAGUGUGGGGCGUCCCUUCACCCAUCGACACAGUGUUCACUCGCUGCAACUGCCAGGGAAAAACAUACAUUUUCAGGGGAACCCAGUACUGGAGAUUUGAAAAUGCUGUUUUGGACCCUGGCUAUCCUAAAGUGAUUGAAAUGGGCUUUGAUGGGCUUCGGGGCCACAUCACAGCUGCUCUGUCUGUGCCUCAGUACCAGACGAGGAGAGAGUCCGUCUACUUCUUCAAGAGAGGGGGAUUGGUCCAGAAAUAUUCAUACCAGUUUGGCACCGGUCCAACAUGUGGCAGGAAACCCCAGCACACCAUUUACACAGUCCGCCACAGGAUGGUUCGACAAGCAGUGUCUCUUCUGGGCCCAACCAUUAACAUCCGGACGUCCUGGAGAGGUUUCCCCUCCACCGUCACAGCUGCUGUGUCCGUCCCCAACAGAGAACCAGAGGGAUACAAAUACUACGUCUUCUCUAGAUCCAAAUCCUACAACGUGAGGAUGGAUACUGAACGUCCUGUCAUUGCUGCUCCUAAAGCCAACACUUCACCUCAGGCCAACGACCUCUUCAAGUGCCCAAAGAAAGUCUAACUGAAUAGCAAUAGUUUAAAAAAAAAACUUGCCUUUCACAUCGUUUCUCUUACAUUUUUAAACUUUAUUACACUCUUCAUUAAAACACACAGCUUCAGCUUGGACCGUGAUUACAAAAGGUACUUUACAAGUACAUUAAAAACAUAAGCCAAACAAAUAAACUACAGGCUUCAGAACAAGGGAACAACUAUCAAGACUGAAUAAAGAAUCUGGACUCUC